AUGCUUACAGCAAUUCUUCAGCAGUCACAACAGACUGGGUCUACGUCAGCAAAAGGAGCUUUUCGAGAUAAUUCAUUACAACGUUCUCCUCCACCACCUCCUCCUCCAAAAAAGAAAGAAGUUUCUCAAUCAAAUAUUGAAGAUCAACAACAAUUAAUUACAAAAACAGAAAUAGAAGAAAUUGAAUUAAAACCAGCAACAAAUACUGGAGGAUUUAAUAUAAACCAAAUGCUUGAACAAAUAACUAAACAAAAUAGCCCUCCCCCUCCACAACCACCUAUUGCCAUAACAAAUAUUAAACGAGAGGAAACAAAUACUUUGGAUUUACUUGCAAAUGUUGAACUUUCUGAUUCAACAACAAAUAUUGUUGAAGAGUCACCCGCUUCUCCUGUUUUUGCUUCUGAACAACAACAAGAAAAUGAAGAUAAACCUGCAGCUUUAAUUCCAGUUGUUCGUGAAUGGAAAUUACAUUUAGUUGAUUUAUCACCAUUAACUGAGUGUUCUGAUAUGCAUUUUGAUAUAAAAUUACAAAUUUCUUCAUCUAAUUCUGAUCCACGUUUACGAAAAAUUGCAGAAAAACAAUUUGAUUUAGUUUCGAAAACAUUGGAACAACAACAAGCAAAUCAACAAAAAAAUAAUUUUAAUGAAGGAAUAUUCACUCCAACAGAACAAAUUAAAAAGGAAAUUGAAAAACGUGAAGCUAUCGGUGAUGUAAAUUAUGAAACUGGGUUGCAAGAUCCGCGUACAAAAGACCCUCGAAGAAAGCGGGAAAUAUCUGGAAUAUCUUCAACAUCUUCUUUAGAUGAGGCGGAAUUAGUUAAAAAGCAAAUGGCUGCAUUAGAGGCAGCUGCUAAACAACAGCAGAAUUGUGAACAAUCCUCUCAAUUGUUUUCAACACAAUUAGGUAUUCGCCAACAAUUGGGGUUACCUCCACCUAAUAUAAACUUUCAAUUACCACCACCACCUGCUUUUUUACCUGGAAAUUCAAUGGGAAAUCAAUUUUUUACUGUUCCCCCUCCACCUCCUCCCUUUCCAUUGCAACAACAACAACAAUUACCACAAAAUUUUUCUACGCCUCCCCCAUCAACAUAUCAACAAAUCAAUCAAAUUGUAACAUCUUCCCAUCAAAACUUAGAAGCUCAAACAUUUAAUACUGAACAAUUACCUUGUUCUUCUUCAAUUGAUCCAUCUAAAUCUUCAAAUAGUCCUUUCGAAAAAAUACAUUCAGAAACUUCGUCUUUUCCAUCAUAUCAAUAUUCUAGAGGUUAUUUCGGCAAUAAUGAACCUGACAGGCCCUAUUUCCUCCCCAAGUUUUUUUUCUAUAUAUUUACAGAAUGGUCAGACUUCUACCUCUCUUCAAUCCCAAUUUUCCUUUCUUCCUUCCAAGGGGGUUAUCGUGGAAGGCGUGGAAGAUAUUCUACUAAUUAUCACCACCACCACCACCAACAACAUUAUCGAGAAUAUAAUCAACAGAAUAUUAGAAGGUCAGAAUCUCCCCCAAAACAACAACAACAAGAAGAAAAUGUUUCUACUUCAUCAACUAUCAGCCUUCGAGAAAAACGAAAAAAUAAUGAAUAUGAAUCGCCAUUAGCUAGAAUGGCUAAUAAUAGAUAUUGA